AUGUCCAUUCUUCAACCUCUCGAUACGGCCGCCUUGCUUGACGCUGGCCUGGUGACACCUCCUAGCAGCACGGGCACUCGCCGUCUUCACAGGCGCCGUGUGAAUAACCUCAGCGAAAUACUUCAUGAUCUAACGGGCAGCCCCCCUUUAUCAACAGACUUUACCGACGAUAACUGCUUUGCAGCAAUACCAGAUGUGUUACUCUCAGAGACUGCACUACGAAAUCUUGGAUAUCGACCGGACAUUGCAGCAGAUAUGUGGACUCGCCGGGUCGAUUGGGCGCCAGGGUCUACCACAAGGGUGACUGAUCCCGAUGAUGGCCUAAUCUUUAGCUUUCUGGAAUUUGCUACCGGACAUGCUCACGGCCGUGGACGAGACAUGGAUGCCACUUUUGAAAAUACACCGCAAGAGUGGCACGCGUGUCUUGAUGCGUGCGGUAUCAACAGCGAAACUCAAGAAGCAUUGAUGGACCCUCUGUAUGCAGAUAUAAGGGAAUCCGCCAGUUGUGUAGAUUGGAUCAUUGAUACUAUCGAGCUGAGAUUCCGUGCCCUUCAGCAGGUGCGAGCCGCGUCUCUUGAUCGGGAGCGUAUACUCCAAGAAGCUAGCACUCGCCCCUCUGGCUCUGAAUGA